AUGAACAACUACAAGUUCACUGAUAAAGCAGAAAAAACAAUUCAAGAUGCUCUAGAAACCGCGAGAGAACAUUCUCAUGUACAAGUAACACCAGCUCACAUUGCUGUCGCACUUUUAGACAGCACGGAUGGUGAAUCACUUUUUAAGAGUCUUAUAAAUAAGGCGGGAGGAGACUCGUUGACGACAGAAAGGAACUUUACGAAACUGCUUGUGAGACUUCCAAGUCAAGAACCCGCGCCGGUUGAUAUAUCACUUAGUCCACAAACUAGUAAGGUAAUUCGGGCCGCGCAUGAUAUUCAACAAAAACAAAAGGAUAGUUAUAUCUCGCAAGAUCAUCUUAUUCUGGCAUUGACUGAGGACCCACCAUCCCUGCAAGCACUUACCGACUCAGGAGUUACUAAAAAGGCGUUGGAAGUUGCUAUUGCACAUAUUCGAGGUAAUCGGCGAGUCGAGUCAAAGAGCUCCGAUGAGAAUUACGAAGCUUUAAAUAAAUAUGCGAUUGAUUUGAUUGAGCUUGUGAAAAGUGGAAAGCUUGAUCCAGUAAUUGGUCGAGAUGAUGAAAUUCGCCGUGUAAUUCGUGUUUUGGCAAGAAGAACUAAGAAUAAUCCAGUGCUGAUCGGUGAGCCUGGCGUAGGUAAAACUGCGAUUGUUGAAGGUCUUGCUCAGCGUAUUGUGCGAAAAGAUGUACCCAGAACAUUGGAUUGCAAAUUAUUUUCUUUAGAUAUGGGUGCUUUGAUUGCUGGUGCCAAAUAUCGUGGUGAAUUCGAGGAACGUUUGAAAGCAGUUUUGAAAGAAGUCACGGAUUCACAAGGGGGAAUAAUUUUAUUCAUUGAUGAGAUUCAUCUAGUUCUAGGUGCAGGAAAAGCAGAGGGAUCGAUGGAUGCCGCAAAUUUACUUAAACCGAUGUUGGCGCGCGGUGAAUUAAGAUGUAUUGGAGCUACCACUUUAAAUGAAUACCGCAAAUAUGUGGAAAAAGACGCAGCCUUCGAACGUCGAUUCCAGCAAGUAUUAGUGGGUGAACCCUCAGUAGUUGAUACCAUAAGCAUUUUACGUGGACUAAAGGAACGUUAUGAAUCUCAUCACGGUGUAAAGAUUGCUGAUGCUGCUUUGGUGGCUGCUGCCCAAUUGUCUGCGCGGUACAUAACAAAUCGAUUCUUACCUGACAAAGCCAUAGAUUUAAUGGACGAAGCAUGUGCUAAUACUCGUGUUCAACUUGAUUCCCGACCUGAGAUUAUUGAUCAAUUAGAACGUCGUCAUCUGCAACUUGAAGUCGAAGCGACUGCACUUGCCAAAGAAAAAGACGAGGAAAGCCGUCAAAGAUUAUCCAAAGUUAAAGAAGAAAUGGCCGCCAUACAAGAGAAAUUAAGACCUUUAAAAGCUAAAUAUGAGCUUGACAAAGGUCGACUCGAUGAAAUUCGUGAACUAAAGCAAAAACUUGACGUUUUGAAAGCAAAGGUUAUAGAAGCAGAAAAUAAUUAUCAACUUGAAAAAACUGCAGAUCUUCGAUACUAUGCGAUACCCGAAGUCGAGCAACGGAUUAAAGAAUUAACAAAGGAGAAGGAGCAGCAAGAUUUUCAGAGAGCUGCUAAUCAGAAUGCUUUACCUGAUGAACAUCUCCUUACGGAUGUAGUUGGACAAGAACAAAUUAUGGAUGUAGUAGCUCGUUGGACCGGAAUACCAGUAUCACGAUUAUCAAAGACUCAAGCUGAACGAUUGCUCACAUUGGCUGAUGCUCUUCAUAAUCGUGUUGUUGGACAGGAUAAUGCGGUGCAAGCAGUUGCAGAUGCAGUACUACGAAGUCGUGCAGGAUUAGCCAAAGAGAAUCAACCAUUGGGUAGUUUUCUAUUUUUGGGACCAACAGGAGUAGGUAAAACAGAACUAAGUAAAGCACUUGCACAAGAACUUUUUGAUGAUGAAAAAUAUAUUGUUAGAGUUGAUAUGUCAGAAUAUAUGGAAUCACAUUCAGUCGCUCGAUUAAUCGGCGCUCCACCAGGUUAUGUUGGUCACGAAGAAGGUGGUCAGUUAACAGAAUCUGUUCGUAGACGUCCAUAUAGUGUAAUUCUAUUUGAUGAAGUGGAGAAAGCACAUGUUCAGGUGUUAAAUAUUUUAUUACAAGUAUUGGAUGAUGGCCGUCUUACAGAUGGUCAAGGUCGUGUUGUCGAUUUUAGCUAUUAUCAUCUACAAGGAUUAACCACCGAUCAAAUUGAUGACAAUAUUAAAGAAGCUGUUAUGAGUGACGUUAGACGACACUUUCGACCAGAGUUUCUGAAUCGUCUGGAUGACACCAUUAUCUUCACGCCACUUGGACGUCAACAUCUUCAUAAGAUUGUUAAGAUCCAAGUGGAACGUGUAGCUAAACGUCUUGAAGAUCGACGUAUCACAUUACAAGUAGAUGAAAAAGCUUUAGAUUGGCUUGCGGAAAACGGAUAUGAUCCUGUUUAUGGAGCUAGACCACUAAAUAGGCUAGUCAAAACCAAGAUCUUGAAUCCUUUAAGCCGACUUUUAAUUGAUGGAGGAAUUCGCAACGGCGAAACUGCAAAGGUCACUGUCACUCCUCAAAACACAGACGUGUUUGUCGUCCGAAAUCACGAUGGUCCAGAAAGUCUUGAUAAGAUGGCAAUUGAUAAUGAAGACCAGGAAGAAAUGUAUGCGGAUAAUGAAUUGUAA